GGCAUCUUUGUUGACCGCAUGUCUGUUUCUCCUUCCCUCCCCUCGUUACAUCUGUUUCUGUCCAUCUACCCACCUGCCAUCGGUGCCAUGCGCCCUUUCAUUGUACAUCCACAUCACACUGACUGACCCCCUCCCUGUGGGAUCAUUUCCACACGAUGUAUUUCUUCUGCGCCCGCGCCUGCAUCUGGGAAGUCCGCUGGUUGAUGAAGAUGAUGGUGCGGUUGUAAGCAGUGCACUGAAACCACAUAAACACAGACAGAAAGAGAGAGAGAGAGAGUCUUUGUUGCUCUCAUCAGCGAGUGUUUGGCUCUCUGACCCUGAGGAUCUGGAUGAUGUCCUCUGCGUACGGGGGGUCGGGCAUCUGUCCAGGGGGGGCCUUGCUGCGGGCCUCUUGUGCUGCCUCCUGCAAGGGGGUCAGCAGCUGCAGCACUUGCCGAUACAUGAGCAUCGCCUCGUUGAACACUGAAAGCGCUUGGAACCACCUGCAGGAUACAUACAUUCGCAAGUGACACCAGACGGGCAGACACCAUAUCUCUGCCCGUAUGUAUCUGUGUGCACACGUCGUCUCGUGCUCACCUGCCCUUGUUGUAGCGUAUUUCGGCCUCGUAGACAGUCGGCAGCACAUGGGAGGCGUGCAGACCUCCCUCCUUCGCUCCGUCCAUCGUGACGUCUCUGCAAGGAUCAGAGGUGGGGGUGGGUGGGGGUGGGCCUGGUGGUGCUGCUGCUGCUGCUGCUGCCGCUGCUGCUGAGGAUGAUGGCUCUGAGGCGGGUUGUCCUUGCCCUUGCCCCUGCCCUUGCUUCUCCUUCUCCAGCCGCUCUCGCCGCUCCUUGUCCUCGAGCAGCUUCAUGCAGCGGUGCAGCUCGCCGAACAGAUGGCGGAGCUCAACAUACUUGUACAACAUCACCUCCGCCUUCUGCACAACCUCAAGCUUGUCCUGACGACACAGACGGACAGGUGUGUGCACCCCACACACAGAGGUCUGUCUGUCUGUCUGUCUGUCUGCAGUCACCGUGGUGGUCCGUGAGGUGGCGAGGAGCGUGUAACAGACGGCGAGGCAGAGUGAGUUGAGGGGAUCCUCCGUCUUGAGCAGGUGGGCCUUUGUGUAGGCCUUGACGGCCAGGGGAUAGUUGGAAGCCAUCAGACAGAAGUGGGCGGCGAUCAUCAUGAACCCGUAAGAGUUGGGGUGCUGGUGCAGACGACGCACUAUCCACGUCCUGACAGAACAAACACAUACACACACACAUGUCUUAAGACAGACACAUGGACACAAAGGAGGUGCCUGGCUGGCUGGCUGGCUGGCGUGACCUACCUACCUCAGGUCGCGAACAUGCGGGAUGCGGUGCACAGCUGUGGUGACGGCCGGUGUGUAUGGGUGCAUGAAGAGCAGCCAGCAGAAGGCCUCGAGCACUUUGGUCGGUGGCGCCACCACCUUGUUGCCCCGCACCGAGGUCCGCACCAGCACCCACUUGACGCGCUUCAAGGCCACCGUCUGCAGCUCACGGCCGCCGGACAUACAACACUCUGUGGUGGGACGCACAUGACAUUGAAUCACACAAGAAAAUGGAUGCCUCUCUCUCCUCUCUCUCCCUGUGUGUUGCUCGCAGGGCCCACCCAAUGAGAAUUUCCGCAGCUGGAUGAGGAAGGCCUUUUUGGGUUUGUCGAUCGCGUCCCCCGAGUGCAGGCGGAGUUUCCUGUGUGAUGCGACGAUCUCCUCCAUGAGCCUGACGCCCUCCGCCACCCGACCUGCCCGCCUCAUCAGGUCGACGCCCUUGCAGAUGAGGGAGCCAUAGCCCUCAUAGCCUACCAAAUCCUCGACAGACUUGAGACCCAGCUCCUCUGAAAGGCCAACCAAGAUAACAAGACAAUGAACACACACAUGGUGCGGCUGCAGGCCUCCCCCGAUCCGUUCGUUCCCCAACCCACCUUUGCUCUUGCUGAUCAUGACGUGAGAGAAAAGCUUGUCCGUGCCAGUCCACUGCCCCCCCGCAGCCCUCCUUUUGCCCCUCCCCGCCCCGCUGCCCCGCCGCUUCCGCUUCUUGCUCUUCAUCACAAACAGCCCAUCCUCCCCCUCCUCGCCAAGCAAGUCACUGUCGUCCUCAUCCAAACCGACCGCGGCGCUCUCAUCCUGCCGAGCGAUCAGCCGCGAGGCGCGCGCGACGUCCAACUCUGAGUCGCGCACUAGGUGCAGGAAGUGCUGUAUGCACUCGGUGAUGGGGGGGAGGAGGGGAUGGGUGGUCGGCAGGGGGGCGGGGGAGGUCUGGGAGAGGAGGGUCUCGAGCUCGCUCUGCAGACGGUGGAGCAGGUCCUGUCGCUGCUGUGUGGUCAGUGCCCUGAUAACGGACAACACAACACGCACAGUGAAGCCGAAUGAGCGGCAUCAGGCAUAUAUUUGUUCGGUAAAACCGUACUUUGGGAUUUGUUUGGCCUCCAUGAUCUGGCGGAAGUUGAGCGAGAAGGAAAUGGCGUCGGCGUCUGCCCUCCUGCCCAGCCGCUGGUACACGUCAGCCAGCGGUGCGGCGAUCUCGGGCGGCAUGUUCUCGUAGCUGGGGGCGCCGAGCAGCUUCAGAGCAGUCUCGAGAAGCUCCGCUGCCUGCGCAUACUGCCCCAGCUUGAUGUGACAGUAGGCAAGCUUUGACCACACCUGCAGACAGACAUCGACACACAGCCAAUUUGUGUGCGGCCUGCCCUCAUCAGGUUAGGUGUGCAGUGCAGACCUCAAUCUCGUUUCUGGUGAGUGAGAGCUGGAGGCUGUCGACGGGGAGCUUCUGCACGAGCAUCAGUGCCUGCUGGUGCUGCUGGGGGCCGCCGUCCGCGAGCGCAUCCGCCAUGGACAGAUACAGAUCGGCGUGUGUGCUGGCGGGGUAGUGCUGCAGCACCUCCAGCACGUCGUCCGCAAGGGCAUACUGACGCACACACAUCACACAACAUACAUACAGAAGGAGAAAUAAAGAGAGAGAUGAGGACACAACACACUUCAUGGACAUACGUAUGUAUGUGUACCUACCUUCUGCAGGUGGCACGCGGCGACCCCGAGUUUGGUGACUAGGUCGGCGGGGAAGGUGUUGAGCGGCCUGUCCUGGAAGAGGCUCGUGAGGGUGUCGAAGGCCUUGCUGUACUCCUUCUGGGUGAUGUACAGCUCGCACAGCAUGUUGAGCGUGUUGGGGUCCACCUCUGCCGACGAAUCCAGCACAUCCUCCAACACCUGGGUUACCGCACCGCACGCACAGGCAAGGAAACUCUUUCUGUCUGUGUGGGUGGUGUGCGCCGUGCCGUAUUUGCUGACCUUGAUGGCCUCGAUCCGCCUGUCCAGCUUGUGGUACACCUUGGCCAGCUCACGACCGACAUCGGGAUCACCUGAAGCAAGCAAUAACACACCACAUGACGACAGACACGACUUGGAGCCAAGUCGCCCCAAUAGGGAGGGGAGGCCGCCGAUCACCUACCUUUGUGCACGUCGAACAGCGCUUGCAAGUGAUUGGCAGCCUUGACGCUGUCCUCGCGACCGCCCUGCACACAGAUACAGCCGCCCAAUGCCUGUCUGUCUGUCUGUCCGUCUGUCUGCUACCUUAGCCAGGUGGCAAAGGGCCAUUUCCCACGUGACGGUCUGGCGCUUCUGGGUGUCAUCCUUGGGCACGUUGACCAAACAACGCCCGUAACAGUGAAUCGCCUGCUGCAGGUCGCCUGCGUGAACGAACGCACACGCGCCUGUCUGUCUCCAUGCAGGCAGGCACGUGUUUCCAUUCACACCACACCCACCCACCCACCGAUUUCCUGUGCGAGCCUUGCGACGUUGAGCCACUGGUCCUCGUCCCUCUGCACCAGGCUGGCGGCGAUGAGGUAGAAGUGGACGGCCUUCUUCUUGUCGCCCAGCUCCUCGUAGAUGAGGCCCAGUGUGUGGAAGGGGUCCGACAGCCCGGGGGCCCGCCGCACGAUCUCGUUGAGCACCGUGAUGGCCUGCUGGUGCUGCUUGUUCAGGAAAUACUCGUUGGCCUCGCCGUACAUCUUGGCAAUCUGAUCAAUGGGAACAUGUGUGUGUGGAUGGAAUGGCUGUGUGAUGGGUGGGUGCAUGGGGUAAGGUGGGGUAGUUGGCCGCUGACUGACCUCUGGGGACAUCUUGGUGGGCUGCGAGGCGAAGUACUUUUUCUUCUUUCUCCUCUUGGCCUUCGCUUUGUCCUCACCACCUUCUGUGCGAACACCACACACAGGCAGACAGACAGACAGACCGAGACGCUGCAUCUGGUCAGUCGGCGUAUCACAAUCUCUGCUUACCUCCAGCAGCACCAGCAGCUGCAGCCGCCGCCGCCGCCGCCUUGGCUUUGGGUUUGCCCUUUCGUUUCUUGGGUGCGCCUGGCUCGCCGGGCCCGCCGGUGAGGAACUCAUCCACCUCACUCGAUGAGGCAGACGACUCCUCCAGCGCACCACUGACACACAGACACAUAGACGCACACAAAACAAACAGAGGGACAGCACGUUGCGGGCAAGCCGUCUGUGUGUCGAUUGGGUGUGUGUGGUGUCCAUACGUACAGUUCCGACUCUGAGGAUCGUAGGCUUUCGUCUGACGGCUUGUCCUCAAACGGGUCGUAGUCCUCAUCCGCUAUGCUAUCAUCUUCCUCCUGAUGACCACGAUGAUGAAUGCCACAGGACACACAGGAUGAAGAACACAUGAGUGCGUGCAUGCAGACAGACCCACCGCCCGACGCCCUCACCUCGCUUUCCACAUCUCCGCCCUCGCCCUCCAGGAAGAAAUCCAAGUCCUCAUCAUCGACGCCCUCCUCGUCAUCCUCCUCCUCGUCCUCAACUCCACCGGCCCCUUCCCCCGCUGCUGCAGAAGCUGCAGCCGCCGCUGCCCCAGAAGAAGCCUCAGCGCCCUCUCCCAGCGACACAUCCAUCAUAUCCUCCCCCUCCAUCUCCGCCAUCUGCCGCUUCCUCGACGCCCGAGGCCCUCUCUUGGCCUUGGCCUUGGCAGACUUGGCCUUCGCCGCGCCCUUGGUGCGCGCCUUCGGCUGGCUCUGCUGCAGCUGCGGCAGGAUGGACGCCAUAUGUGCCAUCGCGUCGUCGUCCUCGGCCAGCGGCUGGUCGGGAAAAACGAUGGGACGCGCCUUGGCGCUGGCAACGCUGCGGCGAGAGCGAGGCGCACUCAUGAUGAAAACUCACCACGGCGAUGAAUCGGGAAGGCUCAGGAGCAGCAGACACCGUUCAUUUGGUUUGGUUUGGUCAUUC